AAAAAACCUAUCCCGCGUCUCACAUUUCUUUCCUCCUUCCUCUUACAACCUACACUCAAAGAUCCUACUCGAGGGCGAUAGCAAGCCCACUACCCCACACAGCGAUCAGUAGAACACACCUCUUAUAGCUACCGUGUAACGCGGCUCACAGCCGAGCCCCCUAUCUCGUUUUCAAAAACCCCUCUUACAACAACCUAGCGAUCCCCUCACCGCCAAAGUAUGUGUGGUGUCGGGUUCAUCUGUCACAUCAAGGGACAAGGCGACCACAAGAUUGUCAGCGAUGCGCGCAACAUCCUCGUCAACAUGACCCAUCGCGGCGCCACCGGCGCGGACGCCCGCGAUGGUGACGGUGCCGGUGUCAUGACCGGUAUCCCGCACGCUUUCUUUGUCCGCGAGUGCCCCCACUCGUUUGACGCCCAGCUCCCCGCCGAGGGCACCUACGCGGCCGGAAACGUCUUCCUCUCCAAGACCGACUUUGCCGCCCAGCAGCUCGAGUUUGAGGACAUUGCUCGCACGCUCGGCCUCCGUACCCUCGGAUGGCGUGUCGUUCCCACCGACAACUCUAUCCUCGGCCCCGCCGCCAAGUCCAAGGAGCCCCUUAUCGCUCAGCCCUUCGUCGUCCUCGAGAGCCACUAUGGCCAGGGCCAGCAGUCCGCCGACGGCACUUUUGACGAGCGCUUCUUCCUCCGCCAGCUCUACGUGCUCCGCAAGCAGGCUACCCACAAGAUUGGCCUCAAGAGCGGUUUCUACAUCUGCUCGCUCACGCCGAGCAACAUUGUGUACAAGGGCCAGCUGUCGCCCGUCCAGGUCUACAACUACUACCAUGACCUCAACCACGCGCUGUACGCGUCGCACUUUGCGCUCGUCCACUCGCGUUUCUCCACAAACACGUUCCCCUCUUGGGACCGUGCCCAGCCCAUGCGCUGGGCCGCCCACAACGGUGAGAUCAACACCGUCCGUGGCAACAAGAACUGGAUGCGCGCUCGUGAGGGUCACCUCAAGUCCGAGCACUUUGGCGAUGAGCUCGAGCUUCUUUACCCCAUUGUCGAGACCGGCGGUUCCGACUCGGCUGCCUUCGACAACGUCCUUGAGCUUCUUGUCGUCAACGGCGUCCUUACCCUUCCCGAGGCCGUCAUGAUGAUGGUUCCCGAGGCUUGGCAGAACAACGACCUUAUGGAGCCCGAGAAGAAGGCAUUCUACGCCUGGGCCGGCUCCCUUAUGGAGCCCUGGGACGGCCCCGCUCUCUUCACCUUCUCGGACGGCCGCUACUGCGGUGCCAACCUUGACCGUAACGGUCUCCGUCCUUGUCGUUUCGUCGUCACUUCCGACGACAUCAUGGUCUGUGCCUCCGAGGUCGGUACCAUUGCCAUCGACCCCGAGCGUAUCAUUCAGAAGGGCCGCCUCAAGCCUGGACGUAUGCUCCUCGUUGACACCAAGGAGGGUCGUAUCGUCGACGACCGUGAGCUCAAGCUCACCACCGCCAAGCGCCAGCCGUUCGCCUCGUGGGUCGAGUCGCAGGUCAUGCGCCUCCCCGACGUCGUUCGCCGCGUCGCCCGCCACCAGGACAUUGAGGUCGAGCUCGACUCGACCCCUCUGGCUACCGACCCCAAGCUCCAGGCCUUUGGCUUCACGCUUGAGCAGCUCUCGAUGCUCAUGCUCCCCAUGGUCCAGGAGGGCCACGAGGCUCUCGGCUCGAUGGGUAACGACGCCGCGCUCGCCUGCGUCUCCAGCACCCCCCGUACCGUGUACGACUACUUCCGCCAGCUCUUCGCUCAGGUCACCAACCCUCCUAUUGACCCCAUUCGCGAGGCGAUUGUCAUGUCGCUCGAGACGCUUGUCGGCCCCGAGGGCAACCUCCUCGAGAUCCGCACCAACCAGCUCCACCGUCUGCACCUCAAGUCGCCCAUCCUCUCCAUCCAGGAGAUGAACGCUAUCAAGCACUUCCAGGUCUCGCACUCUGACUGGGAGACCAGGAUCAUCGACAUCACCUUCGACAAGGGAGAGGGACUCCCCGGCUACCGCGCCGCCCUCGAGCGUGUCCGCCAGGAGGCCCUCGCGGCCGUCAACGAGGGCUUCAAGAUCAUUGUCCUCUCGGACCGCAAAACCAGCGCCGACCGCGUUGCGCUCUCCGCGCUCCUUGCCACCGGUGGUGUCAACAGCUACCUCGUCUCCAAGAAGAAGCGUUCCGACGUCGCGAUCAUGGUCGAGACUGCCGAGGCUCGCGAGGUCCACCACAUGUGUGUCCUUACCGGCUACGGUGCCGACGCCAUCUGCCCAUGGCUCCUCAUGGAGAUGAUCUACAAGAUUGAGCGCGAGGGCAUGGCCAAGGACGGCCAGACCGCUGAAGAGCUCAUUGAGAACUACAAGAAGGCCAACGACGAGGGUAUCCUCAAGGUCCUCUCCAAGAUGGGUGUCUCCACCCUCGCCUCGUACAAGGGUGCCCAGCUCUUCGAGGCCCUCGGUAUCCACGAGGAGGUCAUCAACGAGUGCUUCGUCGGCACUGCCUCGCGUGUCCAGGGUGCCACCUUCGAGCUCCUCGCCAUGGACGCGUUCGAGUUCCACGAGCGCGCUUGGCCCUCGCGCGCUACCAUCCGCACCCCUGGCCUUCCCGAGGCUGGCGAGUACCACUACCGCCAGGGUUCCGACAUGCGCAUCAACGACCCCUCGUCGAUUGCCUCGCUCCAGGACGCGGUCCGCACCAAGAACCAGUCGGCCUACGAUGCCUACUCGAAGAACUCUCGCGAGUCGACCAAGCGUGCCACCCUCCGUGGUCUCCUUGAGUUUGACUUUGAGAACGCUACCCCGGUCCCCAUUGACCAGGUCGAGCCUUGGAACGAGAUUGUUCGCCGCUGUGUCACCGGUGCCAUGUCGUACGGUUCCAUUUCGAUGGAGGCCCACACGACCCUCGCUGUCGCCAUGAACCGUCUUGGCGGCAAGUCCAACACUGGUGAGGGUGGUGAGGACGCUGAGCGUUCCAUCCCCAUCCCCGGCCCCGGGGCUGAGGGCGCCUACACCCACUCGAUGGAGCUCCAGCCUGCCUGGGACUCGCGUCGCUCGGCCAUCAAGCAGGUCGCCUCGGGUCGUUUCGGUGUCACCUCCAACUACCUCGCCGACUCGGACGAGCUCCAGAUCAAGAUGGCCCAGGGUGCCAAACCCGGUGAGGGUGGUGAGCUUCCCGGCCACAAGGUCUCUGCCUCGAUCGGUCGCACCCGUCACUCGACCCCCGGUGUCACCCUCGUGUCGCCUCCUCCUCACCACGACAUUUACUCGAUUGAGGACUUGAAGCAGCUCAUCUACGACCUCAAGUCGGCCAACCCCCGCGCACGUGUCUCGGUCAAGCUUGUCUCCGAGGUUGGUGUCGGCGUCGUUGCCUCGGGUGUCGCCAAGGCCAAGGCCGACCACAUCACCAUCUCGGGUCACGACGGUGGUACCGGUGCCGCCAAGUGGACUUCGAUCAAGUAUGCUGGUCUCCCUUGGGAGCUCGGUGUCGCCGAGACCCACCAGACGCUUGUCCAGAACGACCUCCGUGGCCGUGUCACUGUCCAGACCGACGGCCAGAUCCGUACUGGUCGCGACAUUGCCAUCGCCACUCUCCUCGGUGCCGAGGAGUGGGGCUUUGCCACCACCCCUCUUAUCGCCAUGGGCUGUAUCAUGAUGAAGGCCUGCCACAAGAACACCUGCCCCGUCGGUAUCGCCACCCAGGACCCUCUCCUCCGUGCCAAGUUCGCUGGCCAGCCCGAGCAGGUCAUCAACUUCUUCUACUACAUCAUCGAGGAGCUGCGUGGCAUCAUGGCCAAGCUCGGUAUCCGCACCAUCAACGAGAUGGUUGGUCGCGCCGAGCUCCUCAAGGUCGACGAGAAGCUCCGCUCCCCCAAGACGGCUCACCUCGACCUCUCGCUCAUCACCGCGCCUGCUAAGCGUGAGGGUGUUGCUACCCACCGUGUCCGCCCUCAGGACCACAAGCUCUACGUCCGUCUUGACAACAAGUUCAUCGACGAGGCUGAGCCUGCCCUCACCAAGGGUCUCCCCGUCGAGAUUGACUGCGACGUCGUCAACACCGACCGUGCUCUCGGCACUACGCUCUCGUACCGCGUGUCCAAGCAGUACGGUGAGGCUGGUCUUCCCCGCGACUCUAUUCGCAUCAACAUGAAGGGCUCGGCUGGUCAGUCGCUCGGUGCCUUCCUUGCUCCUGGUAUCACCAUUGAGCUUGAGGGUGACGCCAACGACUACGUCGGCAAGGGUCUCUCGGGUGGCCGCCUCAUUGUCUACCCUCCCAAGAAGGCUCCCUUCAAGGCCGAGGAGAACAUCAUCAUCGGCAACGUCUGCUUCUUCGGUGCCACCUCGGGCCAGGCCUUCAUCCGCGGUAUUGCCGCUGAGCGUUUCGCCGUCCGUAACUCGGGCGCCACGCUCGUUGUCGAGGGCACUGGUGACCACGGUUGCGAGUACAUGACCGGUGGCCGCGUCGUCGUCCUCGGUCUCACCGGCCGCAACUUCGCUGCCGGUAUGUCGGGUGGUAUCGCCUACGUCCUCGACAUGGCCCACUCGUUUGCUCCCAAGGUCAACAUGGGCACCAUCGAGCUUGGCAAGGUCGUCGACCCCAAGGAGAUUGCCGAGCUCCGCUCGCUCAUCGAGGAGCACCGCCACUACACUGGCUCCGAGGUCGCCGACAAGGUCCUCCGCAACUUCCAUCACUUCCUCCCCAUGUUCGUCCGCGUCAUGCCUCUCGACUACAAGCGCGUGCUCGAGGAGCAGGCCGUCGCUGCUGCCGAGGAGAAGAAGAAGCAGAGCGUCAUCGACCUCAUCCCCUCGCAGACUGCUUCGCAGGUCGACCUUGUCGCCACUGGCUUCGACCCCGUCCUCCCUGCGGUCAACGGUCUCACCAUCUCGACUCCCCGCCCUGCGUCUACUCCCGCCCCUGGCUCGCCCAAGCACGAGCCCGCCCUCCUUGACAUGGAGGACGCCAUGGUCGACGAGGAGCAGGCCAAGGCGAAGUCGGUCAAGUUUGACAAGACUCGUGGCUUCAUGAAGUACAAGCGUCUCAAUGAGGCCUACCGCCCGCCCCGCAAGCGUGUCAAGGACUGGAAGGAGAUCUCGAACCGUCUCUCGCGCGUCGAGCUCAAGCAGCAGACUGCCCGCUGCAUGGACUGCGGUGUGCCCUUCUGCCAGAGCGACACUGGUUGCCCGAUCGCCAACGUCAUCCCCAAGUUCAACUCGCUUGUCUACUCUGGCAAGUGGAAGGACGCCUGGUACCGCCUGCGUCUCACCAACCCCUUCCCCGAGUUCACCGGCCGUGUCUGCCCUGCUCCUUGCGAGUCAGCCUGUGUUCUUGGCAUCAACGAGCAGCCUGUCGGCAUCAAGAGUGUCGAGGCGGCCAUCGUCGACCGCGCUUGGGAGGAGGGCUGGAUCGUUCCCGAGAUCCCUCAGGUCCGGACCGGCAAGCGCGUUGCCAUUAUCGGUUCGGGCCCUGCCGGUCUCUCGGCUGCCGACCAGCUCAACCGCGCGGGGCACACCGUCACGGUCUACGAGCGUGCCGACCGCCCCGGUGGUCUCCUCGAGUACGGUAUCCCCAACAUGAAGCUCGACAAGGCCAUUGUCAAGCGCCGUAUCGACCUCAUGAUCGCUGAGGGCGUCAAGGUUAUCUGCAACGCCGAGGUCGGUGUUACCCACGACGCCGCCCAGAUCAGGGAGGACAACGACGCCCUGAUCAUCGCCACUGGCGCCACCUGGCCCCGCGACCUCAAGAUUGCCGGCCGCGAGGCUGACGGUGUCCACUUUGCCAUGGACUACCUCAAGCCCAACACCAAGUCGCUCCUCGACUCCAACUUUGGUGACGGCAAGUACAUCAACGCCGAGGGCAAGGACGUCAUUGUCAUUGGUGGUGGUGACACUGGUAACGACUGUAUCGGUUCCGCCAUGCGCCAGGGUGCCAAGUCGGUCGUCAACUUCGAGCUCCUGCCCGAGCCUCCUAUCCAGCGUGCCGCCAACAACCCCUGGCCCCAGUUCGCCCGUGUCAAGAAGGCCGACUAUGGACACCAGGAGGUCACUGCCUACACCCAGAAGGACCCUCGCGAGUACUGCAUCUCGACCAAGCGCUUCGUUGUCGAGAACGGCAAGCUCAAGGGUCUCGACUCGAUCCGCGUCGAGUGGACCAACGUCAACGGCCAGUGGAAGAUGGAGGAGGUCAAGGGCUCGGAGAAGUUCUACCCCGCCGAGCUCGUCUUCCUCUCGCUUGGCUUCCUUGGCCCUUCGCUCUCGGACGGCAUCAAGGCGCUCGGCGUCGAGCAGGACCCGCGCACCAACAUCAAGACGACUGGCUACACCACCAACGUCCCCGGCAUCUUCGCUGCCGGUGACUGUCGUCGUGGCCAGUCGCUCGUCGUCUGGGGUAUCCGUGAGGGCCGCCAGGCCGCCGAGGAGGUCGACCGCUACCUCAUGGGCGACACCCGUCUCGCCCACCAGGGUGGUAUCCCCGCUCGUUCGUGGAUCCCUCCCCACAUCUCGACCAACGGCCACGCCGCGUCGGUCCUCAGCGCUACUACCAGCGAGGCCGGCAGCGUUGGCGUCGACUCGGAGGUUGCGGUCCCGGUUGCUGUGGCUGCGUAAGCACGCUCGCUGCUGCCUGCCACCGCCGCAACACCCUAGCACGGGUAUGCGCACUCGCGCGCAUGCCCCCUUUUUAAGAUUAAAAUCAUUGGGCGAAACGAUAGACUGAUCAGGAGGGGACGGAUGGACGGAAACAACCGCGCUUGCCCCGCGCUAUCUUAGAACCCUUGGAGGCUCAUCGUGCUCCGAGGCAGACUUGUCGUUGUACUCAAAGUAUGCAGAUUCGUUGUUUGGGAAA